GUCGUUCAAAGUAUCAGUCUCUUACUGCAUUUCAUCUUGGUGUUGUCAAAGUUUCAAUCCGCUCCCCCCUCCCAAACAGGUUUCCAGUUUGACAGAAGGAGUAUAUAGUCUAUCGUCCGCUGUCAACACACGAGCUCAACAUCACCAGACUCGGCUAAUAUCCAAACAAGUUUGAUUUCACUGAAAGUUUAUUACUCGAAGCCACCGACAAUGAGGUUCAACACCCUCUGCUCCUGCUUACUUGUGUUGGCGGCCGUUAAGGCCCAUCCUGAAGGCUCCUGGAAAUGGGAAUCCUCGGGACAAUCUACGACAGUGGCUCCUACAGUUCAACCAGCCACCGAAAGUCCCCUCCACCUCUCAGUUGCUGAUGAGCAAGGUAAACUUCCGUCCACUGCCGAUCACGAACACUCGGAAAGUUCCAGCAUUGACGAUGUCGAAACGGCUGCCGAUGCCAUUAUUCAUUCAACCAGAACCGGUAAAGUGAUCAACACUUACGAGGCCUUUUAUGAAGAUCCUUCCAUCCAGAAGGCUCUGCAAGAAGGAAAAGAUACCGAAGCUCGAACUUACAUCAAAGAGAAGCUUUGUAAACUUGGCCUGGCCAAAGAGUGCGCCAAAGUUGUUGGUAAAUCCUACGGACCCGGCGGUUUUAAUGGCCUCAAUGGUUUUAAUGGUGGCGGAAUUGGUAUCGAUCCUAACAUUGUUUCCUAUGUCCAGCCGGUCGCCAUUGUUCCAGCCGGGGCUCCUAUUGCUGCAGUUCCACUUGGUCUGGGCGCUGGCGGCCAUUUCAAGCAACACGGAAAAGGCCAAGUUGGCAAAGUUAAAGGCUAUGGAGCUCCUCCUCCUCCUAGCUAUGGAGCACCAUCUCUUCUUCCGCCCAACACUUAUGGCGCUCCUGGACUUGGCGGUUUUGGCGGACUGGGUGGUUUGGGAAGUCUUGCUCCUCCCCCCAUCCCUGCAUCUCUCCCACCCGCACCUGUCCAGCACAUCCAUCAUCAUACAAACGUCGGUGCUCCUCAACUCAUUCCUGGUCCUUACAACGCUCCUCCACCUCCGCCACCCAUUUACAAAUCACCUCCUUCAUACAAUCCCGCUCCUCCGGCUUACAAUCCUCCACCCAGGCCAUCGUACAGCAAUCCAGCACCCGUUUAUAACCAAGCUCCAUCUCGCCCGUACAAUCCAGCACCCAUCCAGCCGUACAGCAACGGAGGCAACAACUUUGCUCCGCGUGACCAAUGCGUCUGCGUUCCGGCCGUCCAGUGUCCAUCCUACGAUGUUAUCGGCCGCGUUGCCGACUACGCCAUUGACCCUCGCUCCAAAUUGAAUUCAACCAUCGUUGCGGAUGAAGGUGACAUUGUCGUUGUUCAACAAGCAGAAGGACGACAAUUGGCUUCCGGAUCGACCAAAGAAUCGACUCGUCGUCGUCGCCAGAGCGGCCACCACAGACAGACAAUCGUCGGAGACGAUUCCAUUACUACUAUUUCAUCCGACUCUUCCGCUUCUCAAUCCCCAUUCAAUCCUCCUUCCGGCGGAGCUUCUCCCAUUGCUCCCAUUGCUGAAUUUCCCGCUGCCGGAUCCGAUCCUGCUGAUUUAGAAUCAAUCAGCGUUGACGCUGCUGGUUCCGCUCCUGCCGCUGAUGGCUCUGCUCCUGGCCCGAUUGGUGCCGCUCCUGGCGGUGCUCCUCCUACUGUUGGAACUGUUGGUGCCGUUGGUGCAGUCGGAGGUAGUCUGUUGAGCGCUCUGAAAAAAUUCAUAGAGCCAACGUUCGGUGUUUCGUUUGGCCUCCCGGGUGGCGCUUUCGGCGGUGGCUAUCCGCUGAAUCCGCUGGGUACGAAUCCGGUGGUCAAUCCAUACGGCGGAGCCAUUGGCGGCGACGGAGUCAAUUUCGGCUCUUUCAAUGUCAAUCCGCUUGUGUCGCUACAGCUGGGCAAGGGCGAGUCGGGUAAAAAAUUCAGACCGCUAGUCAAUUUUCACAUCACUCCCAGUGCUGAGAAAUUAGCCGAAAAAGGUCUGAUUGGUCCUGGAGGUGGGGUCGGUGGAUUCGGCGGGCCGGGUUUAGGUGGGUUCGGUGGAAUUGGGCCGGGUGUAGGUGGGCUCGGCGGUCUGGGUGGAUUUGGUGGGCUGCCUUUCCGGCAGUUGACCAAUGACGGACAACAACAACAGCAAACAAACGACAAUUCCGGACUAACGUUCAAUAAUAACCAAAGUCCAGUUUCAGCAGUGUCAUCUAAUAAUUAUUACAACUUUGACAAUGUGAAACAAGGCGGCUCUUCGGAGCCUUUUCGAUUCGCUGAAACGACCUACGGACAGUCGCACUACAGUCAAAGCCCAUCAGAGUCGAUCAAUAAUUAUUACCAUGACGUUGUCAAACAGGGAGGCUCAGAGGAGCCGUUCAGAUUUGCCAGUUCAUCAGCCAACGCCAUUAGACCGCUGAGAUCGGCCCGAGAUGGGCGUUACGGAGAGGAGGCCCCGUUGAACCUGGGCGAGGUUGGACAAGGACUACAAAGAGUGGGUCUGGCGUCCGAUGAAGCUUCUUUCAAGACCCAUCACUAUGAAAAGAGUUUUAAAAAAGCUUUCGGCAAAGGCUACGGCUACGGUGUCCCCUACCCAGUUGCUACACCUGUCGCCGUCCCUCAACCCUACGGAGUCCCUUACGCUGUGCCUCAACCCGUUCCAGUCGCCCAACCCUACGCCGUCCCGCAACCCGUUCCCGUCCAAGUCCCCGUCAUCCAACACGUUCCCGUCCAAGUUCCUGUCCAAGUUCCAGUCCGAGUAGAAGUACCUGUCCACGUUCCGGUUCGUGUUGAAGUCCCCGUCCGUGUUGAAGUGCCUGUACCAGUGGCAGCGCCAUACCCAGUCCCUGUACCUUACGAGCAACCGGUUCAGGUUCACCAACAUUAUCACCACCAACACCAUGUCCCUCCACCGGCACCUUAUUUCCCACCCAAAGCGUCCAACUACCGACCCCAUCUACCGGGAGUAUACGGCUCGCCCACGUACGGCUAUAGCGGCCCGGUGCCCAGCUUCUCUUCAGCGGUGGCCAGCUACGGGCCGACGCCUUAUUCGAACUCGGGAGGGAAGGAAACGUCUUACUCGGGUCAAGCGCAGGAUAAUUACCCGACGGCGCAGGUGCAUACAGCAACUGGGUACGAUUCAGUCACGGUACACGCCGCACCCAAUCACAAUAAUAACGACUACGCGUUCCGUGACACGUCAAACAAUGGCCAGCCAAAGACUCGAACCAGCGGAGUCCGAUUUGUCGAUUCUCGUUCGGGUGAAUCCGAUUCGUCCUCCUCUCCAGCUGCAUCCUCCACUUCUUCUUCUUCUUCUUCUUCGUCGGCUGUUAAGUUUGAGCAAUCCAAGCGGAAGCGAUCCGCCCAGAAACAAGAUUUCGUUGAAACAGAAACAGACGCAAGCCAACCAGAAGUCGUCGAGGAGGAGGCAAGAGAUGCUCGCCAACUCGGCGGAGGCUCUUAUUCCGGCGGAUUCCCAACUUGCAGUUACUCUCAAGUGUGCUGCCGAUCCUCACCGGCUGCUAACCGAUACUCCAACGGAGCUGCCCCCGGAACUUGCGGACGUAGAAACCCACAAGGCAUCAAUGGCCGCAUCAAGACUUUGCCAUACGCUGACGGAGAAGCUGAAUUCGGCGAAUACCCAUGGCAAGCGGCUAUCUUGAAGAAAGAUCAGUACGAUAACGUCUAUGUUUGUGGAGGUGCUCUGAUUGGACCAUCUCACAUCCUCACGGCCGCACAUUGCAUCAAAGGAAAUGCUCCCGGAGAAUUGCGAGUUCGUUUGGGCGAGUGGGACGUUAAUCGCGAGUCGGAAUUUUAUCCGCAUAUCGAAAAAGAUGUUAUCUCCGUCCUCAUUCAUCCGGAAUACUACCCAGGCAACCUCUACAAUGAUAUCGCCAUCGUCAAGUUUGAAGGAUCCGUCGACUUUGGUUACAAUCCACACAUUGCUCCGGCCUGCGUUCCCCCAAGAUACCAGGACUUUACCGGCUCCCGCUGUUGGGUUACCGGUUGGGGUAAGGACGCAUUCGGCACUGGUGGAAAAUAUCAGAACAUUCUAAAGGAAGUGGACGUACCCGUAGUUGGCAAUGUCGAAUGUGAGAACAAACUGCGCCGUACUCGACUCGGGUUCGACUUCAAACUGCAUUCCGGAUUCCUCUGCGCCGGAGGUGAAGAGGGAAAAGAUGCCUGCAAGGGUGAUGGUGGCGGCCCAUUGGUGUGCGAAAGCCAAGGUAGCUGGUUCUUGGCUGGCCUCGUCAGCUGGGGUGUCGGCUGUGGUCAAUACGACACACCCGGCGUCUACUCCAAGAUUUCCGAAUACUCCGACUGGGUCCAAAAGAAUCUAAUCUAUUAAUUUUAACGUUAUAACCCCUCGUAACUUUAUAUUAUUAAUAAGUGGCGACGACGAAAACUAAGAAAUAUUUAAACACAACAACAAAAAAAGAUGUCACCAGUUUAUCAUUAAUUUGACUAGUGCUGUUUAUAUACUUGCGAAUCACCCCCGUUUCUCACUUUAUACCAUUUAGAUGACCUUUAGACAUUGAUAGUCGAUAAUAUUAGUGUUUUAUAUAUAUCUUUUGCUCCCCCCUGAUGAUGUUUCUCAAAACUGUGUGUGCUACACUGCUGUUGGAGGCUGUGUAACCCCUCUGUAGCGGCUGAGCCGCCCCUUAUAAAUACACAAAAAGAUGCUUGAAAUGAA